GGUUACAACACCAAUAGGGGAAUGGGUUGAGAAACUGCUGACCGAUGACAAGUACUAUGACACGUUGCUACCGAGGCUGCCACUGAGCCUCAAACGCGACAUGGCGCUGGAACUGGUGCAGCUUCCUCAACUGCGUCAGGCGGCUUCCAAACGCAGCCGCCGCGAUCUCCGGCUGCUGGCUGGCGCCAAAGUGCACGUGCUGCACGGCGCGAAAUGGUGCAGCGCUGUGGUGGUUAGUAGUUGUGCCGUAGGCCGUUCCCUGCUGGUGGAAGUGGAACUGGAGGACGGCACGGUAGAGGAGUUGCCCUUCGGAUUGGUCCGUCUCCAGGAGCGCACGGGGUCCCGGUCGCGUUCGCGGUCGCCGGUGGGCGCCCAUUCGCCCAAUGCGGAAGCGAAACUGCGUGAUGAAUACCUUCGCCGCGAUCGCGACAAGGCCGUGGCAGAGGACAAGCAAUAUUUUAAGCCUGUCCAGAAGCUGAAGAGGAUGCUCACGACCAAAGACAAGAGCUUGGUGUUUCGCAGCGGGCCGGACAUGCCAGCUCCAAAUCCCAAAGUGCAGGGCAAGGAGGAGCCCGUGGAGCGCGAGGAGGACGUGUGCCGCGAAACGGAGCCGGCGAAGUCGCUCGAGGAGGAGCGGCGGCAGCAGUUCAUGCAGGUGGUGCAAAAGUACCAGGCUGCUGGCAGCCGGGAUACGGCCAGGUUGGAAUACCACAAGUGGAAUGAGAAGGGUUUCAGUGUGGAUGUCCUAGUACCUGAUAUGCUGCGCCUGGGCUGAGGGGUACGCGGAGUCUGGAGGAAAAUCCAACUGGGCCUGCGGCUGGUCGAUGUACC